AUGUCAAGUGCCAGUGUUUGGAACAAAGAGGAAGACAAAGCUUUUGAGAACGCAAUUGCCAUGCAUUGGAUCGAUGAAGAAUCAGAAGAGCAGUGGGAGAAGCUUGCUGAAUUGGUUCCAAGCAAGAGCAUGGAAGAGUUGAAGCAACACUACCAAAUGCUAGUGGAUGAUGUAAGUGCAAUUGAGGCUGGACAUACACCUCUGCCUAACUAUGCAGCAGCAGAGGAAGCUACCUCAUCCAGUAAGGACACUGCUGCUCGUGCUUCUUCUGGAGCUUCUGCUUCGGAUAAGAGAUUGAAUUGUGGUCAUGGAGGUGGGUUUUCAGCGUUGGCUCAUGACACGUCCGGCCAUGGAGGCAAAGGAGGAUCAAGGUCAGACCAAGAGAGAAAGAAGGGAAUUCCUUGGACUGAAGAAGAACACAGGUUAUUUCUACUUGGUCUUGAGAAAUUUGGCAAGGGAGAUUGGAGAAGCAUUUCAAGGAACUUUGUGAUUUCCAGAACUCCAACCCAAGUGGCCAGCCACGCACAAAAAUACUUCAUCCGCUUGAACUCCAUGAACAGAGACAGGAGGAGAUCAAGCAUCCAUGACAUUACCAGUGUGAACAAUGGAGACGUGUCAUCUCAUCAGCCACCAAUUACAGGACAACAGACGAAUACAUAUGCGCCAAGUGCCGCCGCGGCCGGUGCCACCACCAUAGGAGUAGGACCACAGUCGGUGAAGCACAGGGCUCACCAGCCACACAUGGCAGGUUUAGGAAUGUAUGGAGCACCAAUGGGGCACCCAGUUUCAGCUCCUCCAGGGCAUCAUAUGGGAUCCGCUGUGGGCACUCCAGUCAUGCUUCCUCCAGGGCACCAUCCCCAUACACAUCCUCCAUAUGUUGUGCCAGUUGCUUACCCAAUGGCACAUCCAACAAUGCACCAAUAA